CAUUCCCCCUGUUCCCAGGUGGAUCCAGAGAUGUCGCCUGGGAGCCAGGGCCUGGAGUUCUAUGUUACUGUGGCUGAGCUUGCACCCAAGCUACAAGAUGACAUCCCACUCUUCCCUCACCUUUCUACAAGUAGAGGAGUCUCUUCUCAUGGCCACCAUUGUCCCAGGAUGUGAGGUCUGGAACAGCUGCAGCCAUUUUGCCACCAUGGGAAACCUGGGACAUCCGAACUGACUCCAUGAAGCCUGAAGAGAAAGCUAAUAAGAAGGCAGAGAGAAGAGGAAGAGAGUCUUGGUCUUUGGAAAUAUCUUUUGGAGCUGCUGGAUCAAGUAUCACUUGAAGGUAGAACUCAAUCUGCACUUUAAAUUUACAUAUCCAAUAAAAAGUUCUUUAUGUUGUAA